AUGAUUCUACGGCGAUUAAUCCUGGCGCUGCAAGCCCUAGCAAUGCGAACAGCCAAGUCACCAGACUUUUCUUUCAUCUCGCUGCUUCGCAGCAAGCGCCUGUCGUUCUAUGUCGCCCUCUCCAGCAUUAGCGGCUUCCUCAUCCUUUCCUUCCUCGUCUCUUCACCCACAUACGGUCGCUUACGCUUCCAAUAUGAUUCAUUCAUCUCGCUUUCGGCGGUUAGUAGCAGCAACCCAGCAGCCAUGGCGGCUGGGACGAUGUCGAUCGGAGAGCUCACAGAAGACGGAUACUUCCCGCCAUGUCCGUCCAACUGGACUCACCACAUCCCGUGCUACGAUCCAAACAUCGCCGUCCACUUUCCCUUCGCAGACAACGUUUUCCGCGAGCGACACUGCCCGCCUCCUUCAGCCCGCCCGCGCUGCUUGAUUCCCCCUCCCCCCGGCUACCAGCGCGCGCCCCCCUGGCCGGAUAGCCUAUGGAGCGUGUGGCGGAACAACGUACCGCACUCUAAGAUGCUCAAGGACCCGCGGAACGUCCUGUGGAUGGAGCUACGUGGCAACACAUGGCAUUUCCCGCACGCUUUGACAGCUAUGCCCGAAGCGGACGGCGCGGAGCGGUACGUGGCGCAUCUGCGCAACUUCAUUCCGUUCGGGUCGCGCCUGCGCACGGCUCUCGACAUCGGCGCGGGGGUGGGGGGAUUCGCGGUGGAGCUGCUGCGCCAGGGCAUGAUCACUGUGUCGCUCGGCCCGCGCGACGGGUUCCGCGGGCAGGCGCAGUUUGCGCUCGAGCGCGGGCUGCCCGCGCUGGUGGGCAUCCUGGCGACGAUGCGCCUGCCGUUCCCGUCGCUCGCGUUCGACCUCGUGCACUGCUCGCACUGCCAGGUCCCCUUCGGCCUCCCCAGUACGUGCGCCGCCACCCCCGCGCUCUCUCGUGGCCUCUCGCGCAUCCCGCGCACCCCAUCCAGUGCCCUCGUGCUCUCGCACGCGAGAAACGGCACGCACCUGUUCGAGGUGGACCGCGUGCUGCGCGCGGGGGGCUUCUUCGUGCUGGCGGGGCCGCCCGUGCGCUGGCCGGGCAGGGUGGCUGAGUGGCGCACGCUGCGCGAUAAGGCGCGCGCGCUGUGCUGGCGGCUGGUGCUGGUGGUGCCGCACGUAGCCAUCUGGCGGAAGAGCAGGGGGGUUGAGGUGGCGGGCGGAAGCGGGGGAAGCGGGGGGGAAAGAAGAUGGUGUCCUGGAGCCAAGGAAUAUAGAGAGGCGGAACAAGAGGGGGGCGGAACGGGGGAGAGGGAGAAGGAGGGAGGCAGUGAAAGGGAGGAGGUAGAGGAUUCGCAGGAGGGAGGGGCAGAGAGAAAGGAGGGAGGGGCGGAGAGAGAGGAGGAAGAGGCAGAGAGGGAGGAAGGAGGUGGGGAGAGGGCGGAAGGAGGGGCGGAGAGGGAGGAGUUAGGGAGUGAUGUAACAGGCGAGGAGGAGGGAGAGGAGAAGCGGGAGGAGGAGGGAGAGGAGAAGCGGGAGGAGGAGGGAGAGGAGAAGCGAGAGGAGGAGGGGAGGGCGAGAUGGGCGCGGAAGUGUGUGCGGCGGACGACCAGCCCGACGCCGUGUGGUGCGUGCCCCUGCUGCCACCGCCUGCCACUGCCUGCCAUGCCGCCGCCCUACCCCCCACCCGCCCCACUGCGAUCAUGCACGCUGCACCUCCACCCUCGCCCCGCGCCCACCCUACUAGCCCCCCUUCCUCAACGACUCCUAUCUGCUUUCUCCUUUUCCUCGGCCCUCCUUCCCAACCCACCCCCUUCAGAUCCGCCGCCCAACGCGGUGGAGGGGGGUGCUGGGGGAAAGGGGGAAGAGAAGGACAAGGGGAAGGUAAGGGAGAGCAGCAGCACUGAGGCCCCUGUUGCUGCUGCUGCUGCUGCUGCCGCUGCGGCUGCUGGUGGUGUUGGUGGGCGGCGACUGCUCAGCUCUGAUGUGCAUGGCGCUGGUGGUGCUGCUCAUGGCGGGGAAGGAGGGGGAGGGGGAGGAGAGGGAGGAGGGGAAGGGGGAGGAGGAGAGGGAGGAGGGGAAGGGGGAGGAGGAGGAGAGGGAGGAGGGGAAGGGGGAGGAGGAGGAGAGGGAGGGGGAAGUGAGGCAGACAGGACUGAGAGAGCAGCGGCAGGGCAGGAGGGGGAGGAGGGCGACAUGCGCAAGGCGCUGAAGGCGGAGCAGCAGAAGUCACUCAUGAACGCAGCAACAUCGCAGUACAGCAAGCGGCAGGGCACGGCGCUCGCAGCACUGUCGCCGCGGCAGAAGCGCAUGAACAUGGAGAGCCGGCGCUGGGGCACCCGCCUGGCGCACUACGAGUCGCUGUUCCUGGGCGACCUGCUGGGCUACCAGGGCCGGCGGAAGCACCGCGAGGGCGCUGAGGGGGACGGUGGGGAGGCCAAGGGGGAGAAGAGCGAGGAGAAGGGGAGGAGCAAGGAGGAGAGCAGGCCGGGGAAGGUGCGGAACGUGCUGGACAUGAAUGCGGGGGUGGGGUCGUUUGCGGCGGCGCUGCAGGGGAGGGAGGAGGACGGGGAGGAGCGAGUGUGGGUGAUGAACGUGGUGCCGCUGAGCAGUAGACUCAACACCCUGGCAGCCGUGUUUGACCGCGGGCUCGUGGGCACGCUGCAUGACUGGUGUGAGGCGUUCUCGUCGUACCCACGCGCAUACGACCUCGUGCAUUGGCAAGGCGUCUCCUCCUCCUUCCACCCGGACCGAUGUGAUAUAGAUGACGUGAUUAUAGAGGUGGACCGGCUUUUGAGACCAGGAGGCACAGUGAUUAUAAGAGACCUGCCGGCCGUGCUGGAGGGCGUGCAGAGGGCUGCGAGGGCAGCACACUGGAACGUGACGGCCCACCCACCAGAGAAGGGCAGCAGCAGAGAGCACCUGGUGGUGGCUCGUAAACCGCUGUGGAAGGUGGAUGCACGGGGGAUGAUACCAGGUGCUGAAGCCGUGCCUUGGGUGCGGGCUGGCAGGGAUGCAGGAAGCAUCCAUGGGCGCGGAUGGGCGCUCUCCAUGCUUCCGCCGCUCCUUGAAUCGGCGCGCUAUGAAUCAGCGCAGCGGAGCCCGGCGAGUUCCACUCGCGCAGGAUCAUGCCUCCCUCGCAGAUUCGCGUGCCGACGGGGGGUUCUCAGCAACCAGUCGAAGAUAGCGCUGCGCGCGUCGUGUGACCGCCUGGCAGGCGGAAGAGUUGGUUGGGGUACAGACUAUGCUCGCACCGCCGCGGCAGUACCUCGCUGCCGCUCCGGUAAUCGCGGCGCCGUGGCUCCCCGCGCGGGAUUGGGGGAUGGUGUGGGGAGUGGUGCGGCGGAGACCAGCAGGGGAGGCGGGUCGUAUUUGGAGGGCGCGAUACUGUUCUGGCGCGAUGCACGGUCCGCCUACUCCGCGGAUGCGCUGGGCGUGGAGAUGGCGGCGAUCGCGCUGCCGGCGCUGCUGGCGCUCGCCGCCGAGCCCGUCGCGUCGCUCGUUGAUACGUUCUACAUCGGGCAGAUGGGCGCGGAGGAGCUGGGGGGGGUGGGGGUGGCGGUGGCGGUGGUGGGCGUGGUGUCCAAGGUGCUCAACGUGCCGCUGCUCAACAUCACCACGUCCUUCGUCGCCAUGGACCAACACCUCCUCAAUCACCCACCGCACCAACACCUCCUCAAUCACCCACCGCACCAACGCCACGUGCAACAUCACCCGCAGCAGCUACACGGCUCGCCCUCACUAUCAUCCGCCUCCUCUACCUCUGCCGCCUCCCCCCCGCCCGCGUCCAAGCCCGUGGUGCCGUCGGUGUCAGCGGCGCUGCUCAUGGCCGUGGUGCUCGGCGCAUUAGAGGCGCUGCUGCUGGCGGUGGCGGCGGCGCCGCUGCUGGGGGUGAUGGGCGUGGGGCCCUUAUCCCCCAUGCAUGCGCCCGCGCUGCAGUACCUGCAGGUGAGGGCGGCGGGGUCGCCCGCGGUGGUGCUGUUCCUCACGGCGCAGGGCGUCUUCCGCGGCCUCAAGGACACGCUCACGCCCCUCGCUGCCUCCGUGAGCGGCAACGUGGUGAACAUCCUGCUGGACCCGCUGCUCAUCUUCUCCUGCGGGCUCGGCGUGUCCGGCGCUGCAGCGGCCACGGUGGCAGCACAGUACGGCAUGGCGGGGUGGCUGCUGCUGCGACUGAGUGCCACAGUGCACCUCAUCCCGCCCUCGCUCUCCCUCCUCUCCUUCCACCGCUUCUUCAAGUCCGGAGGGCUGCUACUGGGGCGAACGGUGGCGCUGUUGGGGGCGAUGGCGGUGGGGACGAGCAUGGCGGCGAGGCAGGGGGCGGUGCCCAUGGCGGCACACCAGCUCGCUCUGCAGCUCUGCCUCGCCGCCUCCCUCCUCUCUGACUCCGUUGCCCUCGCUGCUCAGACCCUAUUGGCAUCAGCCUUUGCACGCAACGACACGGCCAUGGUGCGAGCCAUCAUGCUGCGAUCGCUGCAGAUAGGGCUGGGCAUGGGGGCGGUGAUGGGGGUGGUGCUCUCACUGUCAGCGCAGCUGCUGCCAGCGCUCUUCACCUCGGAUGACCGUGUGCUGCUGCAGGCUGUCGCCCUCAUGCCCUUUGCAGCGGCCAUGCAGCCCCUGGCGAGCAUGGCGUUUGUGUUUGACGGGCUGCACUACGGCGCCACCGACUUCGCCUUCGCUGCCCUCGCCAUGAUGGCGCUGGCGCCAGCAGCAGCGGCGGUGCUGGUGUAUGCGCCGAGCGAGUGGGGCGUGGAGGGUGUGUGGAUAGGCCUCUCUCUCCUCAUUGCCGCCCGCAUGUUCGCCGGCUUUCUCAGUGAGCUCGGAUUGUUCGGGUCGGAGGUAUCUGGGAUGGCGGACGCGGGAAGUGCCACCGCGCGAUCGCCGGCGGAAGAGGCGGGAGUGGAGCAAGACAUGGCGCGACUCGCGGUGGCGGAUGCGACAGACGGGAAGCCCGCAGGCGGCGGUGCUGACGUGGAUGAUUUGGAUGACGUGGAGCAGACGGAGGUGGUACUAUUCCACCUCAAGGAGUGCUACGUGUACAAGGUGCGCACCGUCACCCAACCUCCUUCCCGCUUCCGCGCAUUUAUGAUUCGUGCGGUGGCUCUGCGCUCAGGCGAGUCGCGAGCAGGCGGCACCACCGCAUGGCGUAACGCAAAUUCCCCCACGCAAGACAGCAGCGUCGUACAGGUGCGCGCACCCUCCCUCACUCCCCUCCCUCCCCUCACUCCCACUCCUCGCACUCUUCUCGCUCCCCUCACUCCAGUCUCUUUACCGCUUCACCAUCCUUGCUCCCACUCCCCUCUCUCCCCUCACAACCCACCCCGCCCUUUACUGCCUAAUCAUUUGACAAGCAAAUCUCCCCCGCGCACCCCUGCAUGCAUGCGCCCUCGCACCAGUACCACAUCGCCCCACCCACGCUUCCCACCUUCACUCCAUUCCCCCCUUCCCCCCUUCCUCGUCCCUUACCUGCUCCCCUCCAUUGAUCCCCCCACCUCCGCCACCCCGUGCAGGGCGGACGAGUGGGACAUAAACAGGUGGGCGUGGGAGGGCGCCAUCAGCGUGGUGUCGCGCGGCGACCACUGCAGCAUCCGCCUGCUCGACGCCGCCUCGGGGGACCUCUUCGCGCACGCGCCCGUGCGGCCCAACCACCCGCUGCCCCUGGAGGCCGUCAUCGACAGCAGCCGCUUCUUCGUGCUGCGCAUCGAAGACUCCUCCCCGCCCCCUCCCUCUACUGCCUCUGCAGCCUCUGCCUCCUCUGCUUCCUCUAGCAAGGCUGGGAAGCCCGCUGCGGCGGCGGCACCGGUGGUGAGGCAUGCGUUCAUAGGGUUGGGGUUCCGGGAGCGCACGGCGGCGUAUGACUUCCAGGCGGCGGUGUACGACCAUGUCAAGUACGUGCACAAGCAGCAGGAGGCGCGCCGCAUGGGACAGGCGUUUGAGUCGCGGCCCGCUGCGGACUACCGCCUCAAGGAGGGGCAGAAGCUGCACCUCGACAUCAAAACGCCGGCACGGGCGAAGCCAAGCACAGCAGGGCUGCCGCUGUCGCCCACCACGCCGGGCAACGUGGCCUUCAAGUCGCCCUCCCUCACAGGCCCUGCCCCUGACGCCUCUGCUCCCAUGCGCCAAGCCUCAGGGGACCAUGCCGCUGCUGACUCCUCCCCACCGCAUGCAACCGCAGCUGCUACCACCGCAGGCGCCUCCCCCCCCAUCCUCCCUCCCCCUCCCCCGGCGCGCCUCUCCUCGCCUCCUUCCGCGUCGCCCUCCUCCCCUCCCUCCACGUCCUUCUCUGCGCGCUCCUUCCCCCCAGCAGCCCCCUCGCCCUCCAUCGCAUGGGCGUUCCAAUCCGACGACCCGCCUGCCUCUGUCACCUCCGCGCCCCAGUCCGUCAUGCCUGCAACCUCUGGAGGCAGUGAGGGCGCUGGCAGUGCAGCAGCAGCGGGGGAGGACACAGAUGACUUUGGGGAGUUCGUUGCUGCGUGA